GAUUAUAUAAAUAAAAAAUAAAAAUAAAGAGUCAAGUCUCCUAUUCAAGAAUAAACAACCAUGCUUAUAUUCAUCUGAAAAUCCCCAAAUCCACAGUCAAAACAUUACGAUUUCGCACACGGCGACGGCGGCUCCUUGUUUUUGAAACAAUUGACCAAAAACACUGAAUCAAAUCAAGAAAAGAAAAGUCAAAUUGUUAUCUUUUCUUUUCCAUUUCUUUUUUCGCCCAAGAAAAGUAGGUUUGGGAUGGAAUCAAUACCCAAUGGUUGGUGACGCAGUAUAAAUCACCCGCCGCACCUCACCCAAAUUACUGAAAUUGCCUGAAUCCAGCUCCUCUUCCUCAACUUGAUUCGAUAAAUAACCAGAAAAAUUUGCCUUCAGAAGGUGAAAACAUUCAGAGCUGUUUAAUUCUUCGGAUUCAUCAACUUUCUUCACAACCCUAGACGAAAACGAUGGCUUCCAUGAAUUUUUCUUGCCCAUCGACUUCGCUUUCUCGCUCUGGUUCCAGACUGUACAGCGGUCUGCUAUGCGGAAAUAUUCAGUAUGCGAAUGGUGUAGAAGUCUUCAAACGGCCCAGUGCCAAACUCGGUUUGAGUAUCAAGGCCAGUGGGAAGAUUAAGUCAGCCCUGUUCUCAGCAGAAAAUGGCUCUCUUCCACAUUCUGCGGGUUCUGAUGUUGCAAGUAACGCUCUCGUCAGUGAUAUAUCUGGUGGAGUGGAGGUACAGUCCGAUGCCGUAGUAUUAGGAGCACUUGCAGCUGAUAUGGCUCCCACAGCUAGUGGGUUCCCUCUUGAAAGCGAUGAGUUUGACUUGGACGUGCCGUCAGAAGGUUUCUCGAGUAUUCCUGAGGCCAUUAAAGACAUCCGCGAAGGAAAGAUGGUCGUGGUUGUAGAUGAUGAGGAUAGAGAGAAUGAAGGAGAUCUCAUAAUGGCUGCAUCGAAAGUCACCCCAGAGGCUAUGGCAUUCUUUGUGAAGUACGGAACUGGAAUAGUUUGCGUGAGCAUGAAGGACGAAGACUUGGAGAGGCUGAAGCUCCCCUUGAUGGUAAAUCAUAAGGAAAACGAGGAGAAGCUCUCUACUGCAUUCACUGUUUCGGUGGAUGCGAAACAUGGUACAACUACGGGUGUCUCAGCACGCGACCGCGCGACCACAAUAUUGGCUCUUGCAUCAAAAGAUUCAAAGCCUGAGGAUUUCAAUCGGCCAGGACACAUAUUCCCACUGAAGUACAGGGAGGGCGGUGUCCUAAAAAGAGCGGGGCACACAGAAGCAGCUGUGGACCUUGCCAUGCUAGCUGGAUCCGAACCUGCUGGAGUUUUAUGUGAGAUUGUAGACGAUGAUGGCUCCAUGGCUCGAUUACCUAGGCUGAGGGAAUUCGUCAAGCAAGAAAACCUGAAAAUCAUAUCUAUCGCUGAUUUAAUAAGGUAUCGGAGAAAGAGGGAUAGGUUAGUGGAGCACGCUUCCGCUGCUCGUAUACCAACUAUGUGGGGUCCAUUUACCGCCCAUUGUUACAGGUCGAUUAUAGAUGGGAUUGAACACAUUGCAAUGGUUAAGGGUGAAAUUGGUGACGGACAAGAUAUUCUUGUUAGAGUACACUCAGAAUGUCUCACCGGUGACAUAUUUGGUUCAGCCAGAUGUGAUUGUGGAAGCCAGCUGUCACUUGCGAUGCAACAGAUUGAGGCAGCCGGCAGGGGUGUUCUAGUCUACCUCCGUGGUCAUGAGGGGAGGGGAAUCGGUUUAGGCCACAAACUCCGAGCUUACAAUUUGCAAGAUGCUGGGCGUGACACUGUGGAGGCAAAUGAGGAGUUGGGUUUGCCCGUUGAUUCAAGGGAGUACGGAAUUGGUGCGCAGAUACUGAGAGAUCUCGGGGUCAGAACUAUGAAGUUGAUGACGAACAAUCCUGCAAAGUACAUCGGGCUCAAGGGCUAUGGUUUGGCCGUUGCAGGCAGGGUGCCCCUCGUGACCCCAAUCACCAAGGAUAACAUGAGAUAUCUAGAGACGAAACGUGCCAAAAUGGGCCAUGUUUAUGGUUUAGACGGCAAUGGUAAUCCAGCGCUCAUCACCAACAAGAACGGACGAGCAAGUGGUGAAACCCCAGCUACAUCAGACUCAUGAGUGCUCCACUUGAAGAGAAGGAAUCGGAAUCUGGUGCUUCUCGUUGCACCAUUUGAUGUGCGUACGAGAAUAACAAGGUAAUGACGCAGUUUCUGUUGAUCGUUUUUUUUCACUCCCCGGAAGAGAAAUUCUUGGCCAUCAUUCAUUUAUAUCAUUCUUAUUCUUUUUGCUUCGUUGUACCACUACCUUAUAAGUGGAUCAUAAGCUGUAAUAGAAAUUAGCAAAUGUAAUAUAUGCACCUAAUAAUCACUAGCUUCGAUUUAGCAAGCUUCUUGUUUUGUUGUCUAACUUUGAUUCACUCUAACAUCACUCAAAAGAGUAGAGAUUCUUAUGGAAUAUAUGGAAUCUUGGGUAAGUUGCUA